AUAACUCUUUAGAUGAUAGUCUCGUUGCAAAGGAGUCUUGUUGCAUUUUGCUUUUAAAGUUUGAUUUCAUGUAUUAAUAUCGUCAAUGCCAACGUCAAAACUGACGCCAAAUUUUUCUGAAGCACCAAAGCUCGAAGAAACAGCAAAUCCAAAGAGCAUGGGAAUUUAUUCAAGGAUUCCCUUGUCGCCAUCCCCCCGCAUCAGAAGUAUCGCCAUGUCGAGGCUGCCAAAAACAAUGCACGCCCUUUAAACGAAGCAAACCAAGGAGAGAAAACGGAGUCGAGGGAGCACUAGAUCGAUAUUAGAGAGUAACAGUAUCUCCCCGGUGAGAAAUUAAUGGAUCAACGCCGCCAUAGGAGAGACGGCAAUAGGAGCCUUGAGAGCCUCCUUGACCAGGACGUGCCGUCGGGAGUCGGCGGCCUCGGGAACGCGCCCCCUCAGCCGGCGGGGAGCUUCCCUGGCCAGGGACUCGAGUUCCAGGACCUGUCUUACAGCGUGAUCAAGAAGCAGAAGAAGGACGGCGUGUGGAUCAAAAAGGAGGCUUACCUGCUCAACAAUAUCUCCGGGCAAGCCCUCCGCGGCCAAGUCACGGCCAUCAUAGGUCCCAGCGGCGCCGGCAAGUCCACUUUCCUCGAUGCGUUGGCCGGCAGGAUCGCGCAGGGUAGCCUCGAAGGCUCCGUUAGCGUUGACGGAAAACCGGUGACGACCAGCUACAUCAAGAAGGUUUCAUCCUACGUGAUGCAAGAUGACCAGCUCUUCCCCAUGCUAACGGUGAUGGAGACGUUCAUGUUCGCCGCCGAGGUCAGGCUCUCUCCUUCCAUUUCCAAGAUCGAGAAGAGAGGAAGAGUCUCGGAGCUCCUUCACCAACUUGGUCUUCAGACGGCCGCGCAUACUUACAUAGGCGACGAAGGACGGCGCGGCGUUUCCGGUGGCGAGCGGCGGAGGGUGUCGAUCGGGAUCGACAUCAUCCACAAACCGUCUCUGUUAUUCCUUGAUGAGCCCACCUCAGGUCUCGACUCCUCCAGCGCUUACAGCGUCGUGGAGAAGGUGAAGGAAAUCGCAAAAGGAGGCAGCAUAGUUCUAAUGACCAUUCAUCAGCCUUCUUUCCGAAUCCAAAUGCUUCUCGAUCGAAUCGUCGUCCUCGCAAGGGGGAGAUUGAUCUACCUUGGCAGCCCCACGGCUCUGCCGGCGCACCUCGCCGGAUUCGGCCGCAAAGUCCCCGAGGGAGAGAACGUGAUCGAGUACUUGCUUGACGUGAUCAAGGAGUACGAUGACUCCCAUCUCGGGCUUGAUCCUUUGGUUCUGUACCAGCGCGACGGUCUCAAGCCCAACCUGGCAGCGCGCACUCCGAUUCCCAGGACGCCGCGGACGCCGUUCCAACAGUCGAGCCGCCGCACGCCUCGCCAAAUCGUCCUGCGCAGCGACCAGUUCUCCACCACUGCCGGCGCCACACCGCGCGGGAACCCGAAUCAUUCCUACGUGUCCUACGAUUACGACGAGGAGGACGACGAGGUGGAAUUCGAUAACUCACGGGAGAGGAAGAAGGUGGCGGCGACCCCGCUUCACAGCAGCGUGUACAACCCCAGGUUGGCCUCGCAGUUCUACAAGGACUUCUCGGUGUGGCUCUACCACGGCAUCACCAACACGCCCCGCCGGCUCCCCAACUGGACUCCGGCACCGACUCCCGGCCGCACACCCUCCAAGACACCCUUCGCCGGGCAGUACCGCUACCCCAGUCAUCCCAGAACGCCCCACGUCCCCUCGCCCCUGCCUCCCCCAAAGACCCCUAUUUUCGUCGCCGCGCCUCCGCCGGUGUACGAAUACGAGGUGGAGGAGGUGCUCGAUGCCGACGAGGGCUCCAAGUUCGCGAACCCGUGGUUCCGGGAGGUGAUGGUGCUGUCUCAUCGCACAGCGCUCAACGUGGUGCGCACGCCGGAAUUGUUCCUGUCGCGCGAGAUCGUGCUGACGGUGAUGGCCCUCAUUCUCUCCACUCUGUUCCACCGGCUCAACGGUCACGACUUCACGACGAUCAACCGGCUUCUCAACUUCUACAUCUUUGCGGUCUGCCUCGUGUUCUUCUCCUCCAACGAUGCUGUGCCGACGUUCAUCCAAGAGCGGUUCAUCUUCAUCCGCGAGACGUCGCACAACGCCUACCGCGCGUCGUCGUACGUGAUGUCGACGCUGCUGGUGUACCUGCCCUUUUUCGCAGUGCAAGGCUUCACCUUCGCCAUCAUCACGCGCCUGAUGCUGAGGCUCAACAGCAGCGUGCUCUACUUCUGGAUCAUCCUCUACGCGUCGCUCAUCACCACCAACUCCUACGUGAUGCUGGUGAGCGCGCUGGUGCCCAGCUACAUCACCGGCUACGCCGUGGUCAUCGCCACCACGGCGCUCUUCUUCCUCACCUGUGGGUUUUUCCUGAAGCGGACGCAGAUCCCGGUGUACUGGCGGUGGCUCCACUACAUCUCGGCGAUCAAGUACCCGUUCGAGGCGCUGCUGACGAACGAGUUCAAGAACGAGCUAUGCUACACCGGCGACUUCGCCGAGCUAUCCACCGGGCCGUUGGGCGAUGUCAAGUACAGCGAGCGGCACGAGCGGGAGGGCAUCUUGCCGGCGGUGUGCCCUCUGAUCGGGGAGGAUGUCCUGAAGACGAUGGACAUAACGAUGGAAAGCGUGUGGGGCGACGUCGCCAUACUGCUGGCUUGGGGCGUCCUCUACAGGAUCUGCUUCUACGUGGUGCUCCGCUUCUACUCCAAGAACGAGAGGAAGUAGCGAUCGACAUGGCGAAGGAUGCUGCUAAUAAAUCCAUGUGUAAACAAUAACAUCGAUUAUUCCGUGAACCAAAUUGUAUCCUUCCAUUUUAAUCCACUUAAUUAUUUCUCACAUUCAAACCCUUUACUACGGAAUUAAAUUGUAAUCAUCAUCAUUAAUUAAUUACAGAUUAACUUUUCUGAAGUAAUGAAAUUGAGUAACCACGGAAG